CAUCUUCGUUGUGAUUGACUACUCAUUUACAUCCGGGUAACAGUGGUGACCUUGGUGGGUUAGUCAUCAUGGCGGCCAUCGUCAGGUUGAGUUCUGUGUGUCGUAGGGGAGUAAAACCUCUGUUCUACCAAAGCGUCCUGCAUACCAGGCCAGCCGCCGUCCUUCACCAGGAGCGCCAGCAGCCCCACGCGCUGACGGCCAGGAUCCAUUCAUCGCAGCCGCUCUACGCGGGCUCCGACUCCAAAGCGGCGUCGCUCCACUGGACAGCAGAGCGCGUGCUGAGCAUCGCCCUGCUGGCCUUGGCUCCUGCAGCUUACUUCAGCCCGGGGCCCGUGGUCGACUACUCGCUGGCUGCUGCUUUCACCCUGCAUGGACAUUGGGGAAUCGGUCAGGUGCUGACAGACUACGUCCACGGGGACACGAAGAUCAAGAUGGCCAACGCGGGCCUCUUCCUUCUGUCCACGGUCACCUUCGCAGGCCUCUGCUACUUCAACUAUAACGACGUGGGCAUCUGCAAAGCCGUGGCUCUGCUCUGGAGCAAAUGAAAGGGACUUUGGACUGGCCAGCUCAGGAGGAACCAACGCUUUGGGACGAAUCUGAUCCCGG